AUGUACAGUGGUUUACUGGAACAUACCAAUUUUUUAAGUGAGGAGGUAGGGAAGAUCUUAGAUGGGUUAAAAGUGGUGCGUUUUUCUGAAAGUCAGACUUUUCUUGAUGAGGAAAAAAAUCACCUUAUUCAAGAAUGUAAAAAAAUAAUGGGUGAUUUACGGGAAAUAAAAGAAGUUAUUUCCCAGCAAACCGACAGAAAGACCACGAUUAUAACCCCUCUACAGAGAAAAAUUCCUAAAAAGGAUUAUUGUUAUUUUUGUGAUGUAAGUAUUAUGGGAGAUUUUUCCUACAAACUAAAAGCGGAGGAACAAAAAGCGUAUGGGGUUGAAAUUCCCGAAGGAGCCGCCGAAAAAGUAAAAAUUAGAGAAAAGGUUGAACGGGAUCGAAAAGAGAUUAAUGAAAUUCAGGGACAAAUAACUAAUUUUACCGAAAGAAUAAAUAGGUUAAAACGAAAAGAAAAAGAAUUAGAAUUAUUGCCAGAAAGUAACCCAGUUGAGCAUCCAAAAAAAGUUGGCUUCUUUCGUAGAAUUGGACAAAGUUUAAGACUAGUUAAAAAACCAAAUCCUCUUUCUAAACUAGAAAGGGUGAAAAAAUUAAAGGAAGAAUUAAAUAUUCAGUUAGAAAACUCUGAGAAGAGACUAAAAAGAAAAAAUUACCACUGGCAAAGUUACUUCCACGGAGGAAGAGGAAGAAGAACCCAAAAACCACCAAAAUAUUCAAGUCGAAAAUACAUUCGCUGUUGGGUAUGUGGUCGUUCACGAGGAAAAGUAGCCGAAAAUUUAUGUCGGAUCAGUUUUCGUGAGAAUGUCUAUCGAGGUUUAUUGCCAGGAUGA